AGAGAUAGAGAAUGGGGUCUGAGGUAGAUCAGCCAAAGCCAAUUUCCACACCAAAGCCAUCACUAUUGAUUAUCCUACCCGAGUCGUUACCGGAGGACCACUCGGUCCAUUUAUACACCUCAGCUUCGAUUCCAUUCCUGUGGGAGGAGGAGCCCGGGAAGCCCCGACCCUGCACCGACCAACUCAUCACCACCGUCUCCUUCUCCGACCACCCAAAUAACGGAGGACCCAAGUGCUACCUCUACUUACCCCCAAGGUUGCAAUCAACGGAGUCAAAAACAACUGAAGUCUCCUCUCCCACGACUGUCCUUGAUGGCCCUUACGUGGGUUUGACGCCAAUAAAUAUAGUUCAGGGGGUUCCAUUCGGGUUCAAAAGGGAGUGUCGUCGUGAGGGGUCUACCGAUAGUAAUUAUGGUGUAGGGAGUCUUGAGAGAGGGCUGUUUGGCGAUAUGGUCCUAAUUAGCAAGAAAGGAGGAGAAAGCAAGGAGAGUAGGGGAGGGUUGUUUGGUUCUUUUGGUCGGCGCUGGGGUACUGUUGGCAGAAAUGAACUUGGAGAGAGAGAGAGAGAGGGAGAGAAAAGGGGGGAGGUAUACAGAUUCUUUCAAGGGUAG